CUAAUGGUUUUAGUACGGGCAUUACCUCGCCGCUAUCGACGCGACGUUUUUAAGAGGCCUUCUUGGUGGGCGCAAUAAUUUUUGGGAAAACAUUGUCGCAGACACAGUAUAUCGUACCGAUGUGAUUUCGCCUCAUAAUUGCGGCGUAAUGAAGACAGGUGCAUUGUGGAACUCGCUGCCAGUCGGCCUGCCAAUUGACAUCAGCGACGCACCGAAGUUUGUGAAUAGAGUUGGUAAAUCUGCUCCUAAUCAUCCAGUUUUCGCAACGGUUGCCUGAUGAGUAAGUAAGAGGGACGGAGGCAGCGCACUUCAGUCGAGUUGAGCAAGCCAUCCCACACUUCCCCGUGUGAUUGACACAGGCCAGCGCUGACUAUUGUAGCUGAGCUCGAGAGCCGUAGACAUUGAAAGCAGGCGUUACGGCGCAAACCAACGCAUCCUCGUCUAGAAGAGUAGAGCCGGGCGUUAUACGGCGUGCAUCUGUCUCACACCGCGCCGAGAACUGCCAGCUCUCAGUCCGCGGCAGUUGCACAUUUAUAUAGUGAACGCUUUCGAAGAUGUUAUACGCUAAAUUAAGCUCAAUAUUUGUGCUUUUACUGAUGUGUUGCGUGCCGCAGGCAGUUGUUACCGCCAAACGACACCGCGGAUCCAAGUGGUGGCUCAUCCACAGGGGCGUUGUGAACGCGGGAGCGCCUAGCAACAACGUACUGGUCAACGCUAAAGGUGAUCCGGUGUUCCUAGAUGCUAGACAGCAACCGUUCAACAGGAGACAACGUCGACUAGUGCGGAAAAACGCGGGCAGCCUCGUCGCAAUAGCGAAAGGCACACAGCGAGCCAUCAACGAGUGCAAACAUCAGUUUAAAGAGCGACGUUGGAAUUGCCCGACAUAUGAUGGAGACCACGGAAAAGCUACGUUUGGAAACAUUUUAAGAAAAGGAUGUCGAGAGACGGCUUUUAUAUACGCGAUAACUAGUGCAGGUGUGGGCCACACGAUAGCCAGAGCUUGUAGUGAGGGCUCCAUACAAACCUGCACGUGCGACUACAGCAAGAGAGGUCCCAGUGGUCGAGAUUGGGAAUGGGGUGGCUGUUCCGACAACGUCCAGUUCGGCUAUAAGUUCUCCCGAAGGUUCGUCGAUGCCGCCGAGAAGGGAAAAGAUAUCCGAUAUAAGAUGAAUCUUCACAACAACAAUGCAGGACGCUUGCACGUGAACACGGAGAUGCGACAGGAGUGUAAAUGUCACGGCAUGUCGGGAAGCUGUACGGUGAAGACCUGCUGGAUGCGAUUACCUUCCUUCCGAGAGGUUGGCACUCUACUGAAGGACAGGUUCGACGGAGCAUCACGUGUUACUAUUGGAAAUAGAGGCAACAGCAACAGGGCGCCGCGGGGCAAGUUGAAGUUUGAAAUGGAGACGUAUAAUAAGAACCACAAGCCGCCGACGCGGCGCGACCUGGUCUACAUCGACAACUCGCCGGACUUCUGCGCGGUGGACCCGACGAGCGGCUCGGAGGGCACGCUCGGUCGGCAGUGCAACGCGACGUCGAUAGGCGUAGACGGCUGCGACCUGAUGUGCUGCGGCCGCGGCUACAGGAGCGAGGAGCGCGAGGUGGUCGAGCGCUGCUCGUGUACGUUUCACUGGUGCUGCCAGGUCAAAUGCGAGAUAUGCCGAUCGAAAAAGAUGGUUCACACAUGUCUUUAAUACGCCUUGCGCGCGCGCGCUUUCGCGGAGUAUCGGUUUUGUAGCUAUAUCUAUUCUCGUUUCCUAUGGCAAUAAAAAUUUAUAGUUGUGCGUUGGUGUAUUCGACUGUAAAUACGGAAAAGUGCCUCCAGAUGAGCUGGUUGUGUAAUUUAUAAAGGUUUUAGUGUAUAUUCGAGCGACUGCUUAUAGGCCUGUCAAUUGUAAAUUAUGUAUUAGAGUGGGCGGAGUGACUUCCGUUUUUCUUAAAGAUUGUAGAGCGUAGCAAUUACUGGUUAAAUCUCUCUUAUCAAUAUAUUAUUCUAUAUUUAACGAGGAUGUAUUGUAGACCAAUUCACGGAUAAAGGAAUCCCACUCUAAAUGAUAUUGUAGCCUUGUUCUCUCUACUAGUUGAGUGGCAAAAAUACCUGUUAAAAAAUGACAAAAAGAUUCGUCGAAGCAUGGUCAGGGUUGUUAUUAACUUAUUCCGAAGAUGCUUCUAAAUUUUGACAAUUAUAACGGAACAAUUUACGUUAAUUAUUUAAGAUUUAUACUUGUAUAAGAGAUAUACAUGCCGUUGGCUCUACGAAUCUCCCCGAUCUGUAUCGAUAAUUACUGGGCUUGUUUAUUAAUUAAGGUACACGAAUCGUUUGAAAGCUCUCUUAUGAUCAUAAUAAUUCGAGCGUUCGUAGUUGUGAUGCGAUAUGAUCGACGAUAUGGUUAUAUUAUAAUAUAUGUAAUACACAUCUUAAUGCGAAUAUUUCGUGUCAUCGCGAGUAACAGGAGAAGCGCGAGGUAUACUACGUGCGCGAGGUAUACGAUUGUUAACAGCUGCCACCUCUAUAACAGAUUUUUCGCUGAAAUUCAUUGGCCGCAUCAAAAAUAUUUUAGAUUCGACGUGAAAUCUACACACAUAUACUUAAUCACAAGCUCGAUGUGUUUAUUUCGACGUUUUUGAAAUGUGUUACUUCCAUCUCAAGCACAGAAGGUUUUGUUUUCAUUUUCAUCUAGCAUCUUUUUGUAUAUAGUUUUUGAUGUAAUAUUGUUGAAAUAAUAUAUUCAUUAUAAUUAUGGAAGUUGUAUAUAUUUUGCUAAUAUGCUUCACAGCGAUGUUGUAAAGAGCGGAUGCGGUGCCCGUUGCGUGUUUUCCUUUGACUAUAUAAGGCAGCGUAUGUGCAAGCAGUGCAGUAAAAAUAUCUUCAUGCGUGAUUACUUUUAUCGAAUUGCGCCAAAACACAAACGAUGCAAGAGUGCGCCAUUUACCGGCGAGAAUGGCAGAUAUAGCAACGGUCGACAAUUUAAUUGUAACUAGUAGCAGAUACUAGCGAGGCAUCUUCACCGAUAUGUUUAUGGGACUGAGUGGGUCUAUGGGCGUUAAUAAAGCGAUGAGUUGUUGAGAAUGCACAA